UGCCUACCUACCUUUACGUAGUGGCUCUAAAAGACCUUCGCCGAGACCUUUCAUCCUGGCCUCGACCCGGUCACGGUGCCCGACAAGGCGACAGUCGUCUGACCCAUUUGCCGACCCAGCCAGCAUCUCGACGAGGCCGCCCAAUCCGCUCCUCCUGUCUCUCUACCUUGAUCUGGUCUAGUUGGUCUGAUCUGAUCCGAUCUCAUCUGGAACUUGUCAAACAGCUCGCACACGCAUCCACGCGGCAUUCGCACGCCUCCCACUCCUCGCAGACAUCGCAUCCAUGGGUUUCUAGGGAAAAUCCAGGCACAAGCGAGCACCAGAUUUGCCAGAUAGCUUCACGGCGCCCACCCCUAGCGCCCCCCCGCUCAAACGACCUUCGUUUGCGUCCGUUCUCCCACUUGAUCCGCGAGCAUUCAUGGUCACCAUGGGGACAUGUAUGAGCACCAACGGUGUGGAAACUGAACAGAGAAAAAGGAGCCAGAAGAUCGACAAAGAUCUAGAGGAAGAUUCCAAGCGGUUACGGCGAGAAUGCAAGAUCCUACUGCUCGGCUCUGGCGAGAGCGGAAAGUCGACCAUUGUGAAGCAGAUGAAGAUCAUUCACCUGAAAGGCUACUCGAAUGACGAACUCUACAACUAUCGGCCGACCGUUUUCAAGAAUCUGAUUGAGUGCGCCAAGGCCGUCAUAAACGCUAUGCGCCAGUUCGAUAUCGAGCCGGCUAUCGACGAACAUCAGAGCUACUGCGACUUCCUGCUCGAUUACACUGUCGAGUCGGGACCGCAAGCCCAAAUAGACCCCAAGGUCGGUGUGGCCGUCCAGGCGAUAUGGAAUGACCCCGCCAAGGAGCAGCUCAUGGAUAGGCAGACCGAAUUCUACCUCAUGGACUCUGCAGAAUACUUCUUCCAAGAGGCCGUAAGGAUUGUAGCUCCCGACUAUCUCCCCAAUGAGAUGGACGUUCUACGAGCCAGAACAAAGACGACUGGCAUCUACGAGACGAGAUUCAAGAUGGGCCAAUUAAGCAUCCACAUGUUUGACGUGGGCGGGCAAAGAAGUGAACGGAAGAAGUGGAUUCACUGCUUUGAAAACGUCACAUCCAUCAUCUUCUGUGUUGCGUUGAGCGAGUACGACCAGGUGUUGCUCGAAGAGAGUAGUCAGAACCGCAUGAUGGAGAGUUUACUGCUGUUUGACUCGGUAGUCAACUCUCGAUGGUUCAUGCGAACCAGUAUAAUCCUCUUCCUAAAUAAGGUGGAUAUCUUCAAGCAGAAACUGGGGCGAUCGCCGCUCGGGAACUAUUUCCCUGACUACUCUGGUGGGAACGACGUCAACAAGGCCGCCAAGUAUCUACUCUGGAGGUUUAAUCAGGUCAACAGGGCGCAUCUCAAUUUGUAUCCUCACUUGACGCAAGCUACCGACACCUCCAACAUCCGUCUUGUGUUUGCCGCGGUAAAGGAGACGAUCCUGAACAACGCUCUCAAGGACUCUGGUAUUCUUUAAGCCCCCUUUUGUAACACUCCACAUCACUCACCAUCUCUCUCGCCCGGUGCGGCCCCUCUUUCAUACUGUCUAGAACGAGGACUCGGGGUUGGUGGCUCUUUGCAUGACACGGCGUUGGAGGCACGACAUUUUUCAGUAAGGCGUUUCACACGGCCUAGUCUCCGGUUUUUUAAGGGGAAAGACAAUAUCCCAUGCACUUAU